GGCACCUCCCCCUUAAGCUGCCCGAAGCCCGCCUGCGCCCGCCUCCCCAGCGGCGCGCGACGCCCAGCGCCCCGAGGUGCGGGCCGGUGUUCUAGGUCGAGGUGCGGCCCGCUAGCGAGACCGAGCCCCACUGUAUUUUCUUUUAUUUCAUUUCACUCAAGGUUUUGCACAGACUGAAGUUUUGUCGGUUAGGUUAAACUCGGGACCUCCUCAAAAAGGACCCCUUUUUUUUUUCUUUCAAAAUGGCAGCCUCCAGCCGCGCACAAGUGUUAGAUCUGUACCGGGCGAUGCUGAGAGAAAGCAAGCAUUUCAGCGCCUACAAUUACAGAACUUAUGCUGUCAGGAGGAUAAGAGAUGCCUUCAGAGAAAAUAAGAAUGUAAAGGAUCCUGUAGAAAUUCAAACCUUAGUGAAUAAAGCCAAAAGAGACCUUGAGAUAAUUCGUCGACAGGUUGUGUCCUUGAAAUCAAUGCCUGCUGUGGGAAUGGUGGGCAGAACACACAUUCCAAGGACAGGGACAGCAUUGAGGAACCUCUACUUGCCAAGGUCCAGCUCACAGGUCCACAUUGGCCAACUGUAUUCGACCGACAAGCUUAUUAUUGAAAAUCAAGAGAAACCCAGGACCUAGGGAGCCAGGACCAGCCACCACUGGCAGCUGUGGACCCCACCUUCAGCAUCCAUUCUGUGCUUGGGAUGCAGGCUCCCAACAGACCACAAGUGGCCUCUUUCUUACAUCAGCUUAAAAUAGCCUCUUGCUCUGCCCGCCCUGUAAGGAGCUGAUAAACUGAGUCUGGUUUCCAUUCUUCUUUAGCCUUUAGUGAAAAAGGAUGGCUGUUUCCUUGGUUCAAGUGUUCAAAUGAAGAGCUGGAGUUCGCUCCCAAUACUGCUGUGUAUUAUUGUGUCUCCUCUGCCCACCCCUUUUUGUAUCUCAUCCCCGCUUGUAUAGAGCACCUCCACACUAUGUUUCUUGGUUGACAAUAAACAGAAUUGUCUGCCUAAGUCACCUGACACCAGA